AUGGCCAUGGCGGGCAACCUCGUCUCCCAGGGCCACGCCCACGACGAACGCACCCGGAUCGUCAUGUACGUCUUCUUCAGCCUGGCCCUCUACAACGCGGGCGAGCUGAUGUGCCACAUCGCCGUCACCUUCAAGCACUACCGCGGCCUCUACUGCUGGAGCUUCGUCGUCUCGACCGUGGGCAUCGCCCUGGGCGCCGUGGGAUACCUGCUGCGCACCGUUGGCGGCUCGCUGUCGACGUACGUCUACACGGCGCUGGGCAUCUUUGGCUGGGCCGCCAUGGUCACGGGCCAGUCGCUCGUGCUGUACUCGCGGCUGCACAUUGUCCUGCCUAGGGCGACGCUGGUCCGGGCAGUGCUCAUCAUGAUCAUUGUCAACGCAAUCUGGCUGCUGGUGCCCCUUACGGUGCUCAUCUUUCUCUGCAACACGCCGAGGGCGGAGCAGUACGAGCAGGCGUACUUUGUCUUUGAAAAGAUUGAAUUGACAGUCUUUUUCGUGCAAGAAGUCAUUAUUUCGGUGCUGUAUAUCCGCGAGACGUACAAUAUCCUGCGCAGUUACAGGGGACUUGUGACUGGCUCAUAUCGAACCACCAUGGUGCAUCUGAUACUCGUCAACCUCGUCAUCAUCGCUCUGGAUAUUAGCAUCUUGGUCCUCCAAUUUACCGACAACUACGAUCUCCAAACCGCAUGGAAGCCUCUAGUGUACAGCAUAAAGCUGAAGAUGGAGUUUAGCGUGCUGAACCGCCUCGUCGAGCUAUCCCAGUACAUGCGGCGCAACAGGGGCCUCGCACUCAUUGACACGCAGACGGUCGACCCAGCCGCUGCCCUGCCGCUGGGCGUAGUGCACACGGAAGAUGGCAGCAUCAUUGCGAGGAGGAGAGGCACUGUCGACGAGUCCAACUUUUCGGCGGCUACAUCAAUUGCUCCUCCUAAGACGCCUAGAAAUAAUACUCAGCAUGAGAUGUCGGUCGCGGUAUCAGGGCUACAAGUAUGA